UUACAAACUUCAUAUGGUGGCUCUCAUGGUCUUGUCUCGCCAUCGCUUCUCCCUUGGAAGAGCGUGCAGUCAGCUCUGCGACUUACUGGAUACACCACUUUAACAAAGACCAUAACCGUAACGCCUCGAGCUCGAUCGCUGCAUCGACGGAAGCACCUUGAUCAUCCUAAAGAAUUGGUCGAGAGAGCCACUGUCUCAACAUGCAUCACGCCUGCUGUGGUCAAGAGCAUGAACAAAGCGGCCAUCUCGAGUGCUUGUAGGUGCUUAUCGAUAGCGUCUCGUAUGACGACCAUCACCAAGGCUACGACAAAGCGCGUCACACAGGUCUCUACCAAGAUUAUGAGCUCUACUGCUCUUCGGACUGUAACCAUCAAAUCUAGUCUUACUGCAGUAGCAACAUCCACACCACCUCUAAAACUGGUUACUCGGACAGUGAUGAUCACGAGUGUUUCAAUCAGCUCUCUACGAAAUGACGGUGUCUCAGGAUCUACGUCAAAGACUUCAAGUCGGUCAUCCAGAAGUCUUCCAACCACCCCAUCGUCAAGCCGUCCAACUUCCAAUAGCAGCAGCUCAUUGAAUUCUGUCUCGAGUAGUAGGCUUUCCACUGCAUCACAGACAAUCCGGUCUUCGAGCAGUUCCACGAUCAGUAUCCGACCUGUCAGCAAGUCGACCAGCUUAUCUAGUGAAAAAGCAACCAGUCUGUUCAGCAGCAGCCGAGUCACAAGCAGCAAGUCUAGCAGUACGACAUCGGAUUUUCCUACUUCGACGGCCGGAGAUGGUCACUCGUCAAGCCAGGCCAUGGCCGAUCCUACCAACAAGUUAUCCAGCAAAGCAUCAAGCGCUGCUACAAGCGGGUCCUUGAGCAGAUCGUCAGGUUUCUCGAUGACUGNCGUCAUCCAGCAAGCUCUCCAGCAUUUCAGCAAAUCAUCUAGCAAACCGCCAAGCACUAGCUCAAGCAGAACUUCAAGCAAGACCUCCGUUGUGUCCACGAGCAAAUCCUCCACCACAUCGAGCAGUAGCAAGAAGACAACGACAACGCCCUCGGAAACAGCGUCAACCAGACCAUACCCACCAGAGGGACCUUUGUAUACGCCUAACACGAAUGGAUGCGCUUCAAGAACCGCAAAGUCUUUGUCUAGCACGAGUACACGACCCAGUAUAUCGUCGACUCUCAGUUUGAGCAGAUCUGCCUUGUCGUCAACUUUCACUUCGAGCAGAUCUGUCGAGUCGUCAACUCUCAGUUCGAGCAGAUCUGCCUUAUCAACCUCUAAAUCGACGUCAAGCAGAGCAACAACCUCAAGUUCAACACAAAGCAGCUCAACGCCUCGAUUCAGUUUUCCGUCAAAUAGCACAAUGUCAACGACCACCGCCUCACCUUCAAGCUCAAGCUCCUCUCUUGUGGUUAACAAGUUUACCUACGAUGACUUCUCUACUAAUGAUACAAUCACCAACACCACAACCCCUCAAUUUCUCGCCCCCAACUCUACGGCCAUGAACUUCAGCACUUUCACUCCGAACAAGCCAUUCUAUCUCCAAUCUCUGUGCACCUCUGGUCUCCAAAUCAGUGGUCUCUAUGCAGCCCUCAUCGCCACCAACUCAAACCCUGCUCUCCAAUUCACCACUUCUGCUUCUCUGGCUAGCCGCUUCUACCUCUCAACCUCUGGCUACCUAUACGUUUUGCCCUCCUCCUCUACACCCUGGACCUUAUUCUCUGAUGAAAAGCUGAUUGCAAACAUCGAUCAAGCAGCAACAGACAUGGAUUUCUUCUUCAACGAGGAAGAUGAGAUUGCUGCAAUGGGUGCAGAACAAGCAAAGUGCGGCGUUGAUGAUGAUGGCGUGUUGCAAUGCAAAACCAGUGCAACGACCGAGGUUUUGUACUGUGAGGAUGGGGGAACAAUCAAGUUGGCAGGAUGUGUAUUGCAAGGGUGUGACACGGCAGAACUGGGGGUUGUAUAUGUA